GUCGGCUUGAAAGUCCUUCUGUACCAGCUUUUCAACAAAUCUUUCGCCUUGCCAGGUACUCAGUAAUGAGUGAAGGUUCAUAAAAGGAUCUGUGUACCUUAGAAGCAAUGGAAAGUAAGGGUGCAGAGGGGUCCCCAUCAGACCUCAAUCUGGUCGCUCACCCUAGAGCAAAAAGUAAGGUAUGGAAAUACUUUGGGUUUGACACUGAUGCCGAUGGAUGUAUACUGCACUGGAAGAAAAUAUACUGUCGAAUAUGCAUGGCCCAGAUUGCAUAUUCAGGGAACACUUCCAACCUCUCUUACCACUUGGAGAAGAACCAUCCAGAUGAGUUUUGCGAGUUUGUGAAAAGCAACACGGAGCAGAUGAGGGAGGCGUUUGCCACUGCUUUCUCCAAGCUCAAACCAGAGUCCUCCCACUGGCUUGCACAGGAGACAUUAUCCAUGAAGCAGAACUCUGAGUAUGAGAGCAAGAAGCACACUGACUUGACCUCUGCAGUCAUCAGUUUCAUCUGUGAGGGGAUGUACCCUGCAUCUAUUGUAGAUGAACCCACUUUUAAAUCACUUCUGAAAACUGCUGACCCCAGGUAUGUGCCUCCCAGCAGAAACUACUUGACUGCUAAGGUGAUUCCUCAGAAAUACUACCUGGUCCGGGAAUCUGUGUUUAAGGAGCUUGCAGACGUUGUCUGGUGUGGCAUUUCUACUGACCUGUGGAGAAGCCAAGUGCAGAAUAGGACGUACAUCUCGCUGUCUGCCCACUUUCUGAGCAACUGCCCUUCCAACAGUCUGUGCAUGACCGUCAGGUGCUUGAAAACGUUUGAAGUGCCCGAAGACAACACUGCUGAAAGCAUCACUCGUGCAUUAUAUGAGGCCUUUGUCGAAUGGGCAAUCAAUCCCAAAAUCUAUGGUGCCACCACCAAUGGUGCCCCAGAUGUGGUGAAAGCUUGCUCGCUCCUGGACCUUUCUGUGCAGAUGCCUUGCUUUGGUCACACUGUCAAUCAAGGUAUAAACCAAGCCUUUGAGCUUCCGAGACUCAGCAGCUUUUUGGGCCACUGCCGCAAACUGGUGGAAUACUUCCAGCAGUCCGUGGUAGCUAUGUACCUCCUGCGGGAAAAGCAGAAACAGCAAGGCCUAACCCAGUGCAUGCUUAUCAGUGACAGGGUCACGUGCUGGGUCAGCACUCUUGCCAUGCUUCAACGCCUGAAAGAGCAACAGUUUGUCAUUGCAUCAGUCCUCAUGGAAGACAGCAACAACCACCAUUUGAUGUUAGAGGCCACAGAGUGGAGCAUGGUAGAGGGCCUAGUUGAACUCCUACUGCCUUUCAGGCUUGUGGCAGACAUGAUGACAUCCUGCAGAUACCCCACAAUUAGCAUGGUGAAACCAGUGUUGCACAUGUUACUAAAUACAACCCUGAAAGUCAAAGAUUCUGAUCUCAAGGAGGUGAGCAUGGCUAAGGAGGUUAUCGCGAAGGUGCUGUCUUCCACCUAUCAGCAGACACCUGAGAUUGACAUGUUUCUCAAUGUUGCCACAUUCAUAGAUCCCCGUUACAAGAAGCUUCCAUUCCUCUCCCCCUUUGAGCGUGCACAGGUGGAAAGUCGAGUGUUGGAGGAAGCCAAAGCUCUUCUGGAAAGACGUAAGGAUGAGUCAGCUAGUCCAGAGGAGUCUCAGCAGUUCUCGGAGGAGCCUCCCAGUAAAAGGCAGGCUGUUGGCACCCCUCCCCCUUCCAGCAAUGCCAGCAACCUAUUGGCUGUGAUAUUUUGCCAGUCAGGUGUUGAAGAAAACCAAGAAGAGCUGCACGCCCAGGUUGUGGAGGAGUUAAGUAACUUUAAGUCACAGAAGGUCUUGGGCCUCAACGAAGACCCUCUUCGUUGGUGGUCUGACCGCAUGGCCUUGUUUCCUACCCUUCCAAAAGUUCUGCAGAAGUACUGGUGCAUCCCUGCCACGAGUGUCCUGCCACACAGACUGUUCAGCUCAUCAGGCAAUGUCCUGAGUGGGAAGAGGAACCGCUUGGCCCCUGCUCAUGUUGACCAGCAGGUUUUUCUGUAUGAAAACACGCACAGCUGCUAUGAUGCCGAGCCAGCAGAAGAGGAUGAGGGCGAAUGGGGCGUGGAACAGGACCAAGGGUUGGGUGUAGGUGAUUCAGUAGCUGUGCAGACCAGUGUUAUGAACACAAAGGAUAUUUUCUUGUGAGCUGUGACCUUUAUGUAGAAUGUGCAUGUUAGAUCUGUGAAUUUUUUUCUGUAACAGGGUUUUGUUGCUUUUGGAGGACCGAUAUAUUCCUCUUCUUUCCAACACCGUGCU